AUGGCCAAGUCCAAGAACCACACCAACCACAACCAGAACAAGAAGGCUCACCGCAAUGGUAUUAAGAAGCCAAAGACCCAGCGUCACCCUUCCCUCAAGGGUGUUGACCCCAAGUUCCUCCGUAACCAGCGUUUCGCCAAGCGUGGUUCCGCUGCUGCUCUCAGGAAGAACUAA